AUGGGAGAGUUUGAGGUAGAUAGAGAAGAGAAGUUGAUUGCUUCUGCAAACUAUCUUGUUAAUGAGCUUAGAUCUGGCAAGAGCCUCACUAGAAACGCUAAGAACGUUUUAGGGAACCUCUUAACAGAGCUGUCUCGUUUAGUGUCUGAUCAUGUCGUGGAAGAAGACUCUUUUGGAGCUGCUUCCACUGAGGAUUUGGUUGUAGGAAGCAGUAGGAGAAACUCAGAGGAGAUAAUGGUUAGACCUGAGGUUAUAUCAGAUCUUAGGAGCAUUGCCAACACUAUGGUUGCUUCAGGGUAUGACCGUGAGUGUCUCCAGGUGUGUACUAUGGUUAGGAAAGAGGCUCUUGAUGAGUUUCUUUAUGACCAUGAGGUUGAGAAGUUGAGUAUUGAAGAUGUGUUGAAGAUGGAUUGGGCUACAUUGAAUACUAACAUCAAGAAAUGGGUUCUUGUGAUGAGAAACAUUGUGCAGAUGUAUCUCGUUAGCGAGAAGUCUCUGGAUAAUCAGAUCUUUGGGGAUGUUCUGACCUGUUUUGUUGAUACAGUGAAGGCUCCUGUGAUGCAGCUGCUCAACUUCGGUGAAGCGGUGUCUCUCGGUCCACGACAACCCGAGAAGUUGCUUAGGAUUCUCGAAAUGUAUGAGCUAGCUUCAGAGCUUUUACCAGAGAUUGAUGCACUCUUCUCAGGUAAUCACGGUGACUCGGUCAGAGGAGAGUACAGAGAAGUGAUGAGGAGGCUUGGUGACUGCGCGAGAGCGACGUUUCUUGAGUUCAAAAGUGCUAUAGCUUCUGAUGUUUCUUCACAUCCUUUCCCUGGAGGAGCUGUUCACCCGCUUACUAACUAUGUGAUGAACUACCUCAUGGCGUUGACAGACUUUAGCCAAACGCUGGACUCGCUUCUCAUGGAGCAUGAUGAUGUAGAUGAUCUCACUAUACCUCCAUCUCCGGAUGUUAUCAACCCUGUGGUGGUUGAAGAAGAGUCUACUUACGAAAACUCUUCUUCACCGGAGAAGUUCUUGGCGAUGACUAAGCAUUUCUACUCCAUAACAUCUGUUCUUGAAGCUAACCUUGAAGAGAAAGCGAAGCUGUACAGAGACGUCUCUCUGAGACACAUCUUUUUACUGAACAACAUACACUACAUGACAAGGAAAGUGUUAAAGUCCGAGCUGAAACAUAUCUUUGGCGACAAGUGGAACAGAAAACACACAUGGAAGUUUCAGCAGCAAGCAACGGAGUACGAACGCUCCACCUGGCUCCCUGUCCUGUCGUUCCUCAAGGAUGACUCGGGCUCAGGAUCAGGUUCUGGUUCAAGAGGCUUGCGUCCUAGGGAGCGGUUUCAAGGAUUCAACUCUGCGUUUGAGGAAGUGUACAAGGCGCAAACGGGUUGGUUAAUCUCUGAUGAGAGGCUGAGAGAAGAUGUGAGGACAAAGGCGUCAAUGUGGGUGAUUCAAGCGUACUGGACGUUUUACAGUAGACACAAGAACAGUGUGAGUGAGAGGUAUAUUAAGUACAGUACUGAUGAUCUUGAGAAGCUUUUGUUGGAUCUCUUUGCUGGUUCUUCUAAAUCCUUGAACAAUUCUUAUAGAAGGUGA